GCCAUGUCCCGCCCCGCCGCGCCCGGCCCCGCACCAUGGUGGAAUUACUUCUUCCUUUAUGAUGGCUCAAAAGUGAAGGAGGAAGGGGAUCCUACGAGUGCCGGGAUCUGUUAUUUUUACCCUUCCCAGACCGUCCCAGAGCAGCAGGAGCUGCUGUGUGGGCAGAUGGCCGGGGUUGUUCGCUGCCUCACCGAGAUCUCUGGAUCCCCUCCCAGCCUUGUCCGCCUCAGGAAGCUCAAAUUUGCCGUGGUGGUGGAUGGAGACUUUCUGUGGGUUCUGGGCUGUGCUGUGGAGCUGCCUGACGUGAGCUGCCGGCGGCUCCUGGAGCAGCUCAUCGGCCUCUUCACCUUCUACCAGGGCCCUGUGCGUGGGGCAUACACGGCGUUUUCCCAGGAGGAGCUGAGCAAGGAGUGGGACAGGUACAUUGAACACAUCCAAAAAAACACCAGUGACCUCCACAGGAUUUUCAAUUCUCUCUGGCAUCUGGACAAAACCAAGGUGGAUCCCCUGCUUUUGCUGAAGGCAGCUCUCAUCCUGCAGACAUGCCAGCGCUCUCCCCAUGUCCUGGCAGGCUGCAUCCUCUACAAAGGCUUGAUUGUGAGCACCCAGCUGCCACCUCCACUCACUGCCAAGGUCCUCCUGCAGGGCAGCGAGUCCCAAGGCCAGAGUGAGGCUGGAGCUGAGGAGCCACAGGAGCCUGCUGGCACGUGUUUGUUGAACGCUCACCCCUCCCCUGCUCCUGCAGAGUCUGCGCUGCCGCCGGGCGUCCGAAUCAUCCCCGUGUUCCUCACAGGGGAGGAAAUCUCUGUGCUCCGGGACUUCCCCGUGGAGUGGAUGGCCAGGUCACCCAUGUCCCCAGCAGGCCCCAGAGGAGAGGAGAGUGCUCUCUGCUCCCAGACAGUUCCAGAAUCAACAGGAGCUCAUGGAAACCAAGCCCUGGAUGGAAUCUCUGUGCAGGAGUCCCGUGAGGACGCUUCAGGCACACCUGCCCCAGGAGAUGUUGUGCAGUUGGGCAGCCCUGCAAGUCCUCUGAUGGACUUCUCUGGAAUGGAAACUGGCACAAGGAAUUCUCCAGCUGCAAACCUGAGUGGAGCAGGCAGUGAAAGCGCAGAGCUCGGCAGGAAAACAUCCUUCCCCUCAGAGAGUGACACAGAGCAGCUCCCAAGCCCUUCCUCACUCCAGACUGAAUGUGCUUGGACUACAGGUCCAUACCUGGAAGGCUUUUCCUUUCCCAAUCCUUACUGCUGGGAGCAGGAGCCGAGCAGAAGAAAAUCCCGUGAGCAGGACAAGCCGUGGAGUGUGAGCCAGGACAGUGUGUCUGGAGGCAGUGGCAGCACAGCCGGCGACCACGUGUGGGGCUUGGAUUGUCCUGCUGGACACGCUCAGCUCCAGAGUGGGAAGCAGCUGCUGCUCCCAGGGGUUCAGGAGGCUCUGCCCAGUGACCCUGCAGGAGGGCUCAGGCCGUGUGCCAGCAGCGGGGAGGACAGGCUGGGUGGCAGAGGCAGCGAGCCAGCCCAGCUGAGCCUCUAUGUUCACUGCAUCCAGGGGCUGGUGCUGUCGCUGCUGGCGGAGCAGCAGUGCGCCGCGACCCCCCCCCCGCGGCGCCGCGACCGCCGCGCCGUGGAGGAUGUGUACCACAGCAGCCUGGCCUCCCUAAAUGGCCUUGAGGUUCACCUGAGGGAGACUCUGCCCAAGGACUCCUCAGCCUCAGCCAGGACAAACUACAGCUUCACACACUAUGACUGUGUCCAGAACGUCCUCACGGCCAACUUGCCCCACACCCCCGGGCCCCUGGACCGACACUUCCUCAGGGCAGCCACACUCAUCCACUCCGACUUCAGCCAGCUCCCCACGGCCUCAGAAGUGAUCAUCAGGAACGCCUCCACAGCCGUGUACGCCUGCAGGAAUCCUGUCCAGGAGACCUACUUCCAGCAGCUGGGAGCUCCACUCCGCAACUCAGGCGUCCCCAACCCGCACGACAGCGCCUUCAGCCUGCCCAGCAAGGCCAAGCAGAAGCUGCUGAAGCAUGGGGUGAACCUGCUGUGAGCUGCCGUGCUCAGACAGCGGCUCAGCCCUGUGGAAUGUUCAUCUCCAGUAAGGAAAAUCUCAGCUGUUUGUGCCAACAGAGGCAGGAGGCCCUGCCCUGCCUCUGUGGGGUCUCCAGCCUGCCUGGCCCUGAGGAAGGGACACUCCUUGCCCCGUCCUGCAGCACGUUUUGGGCCAGUGCAGGUGUCAGUGACAGCAUUUACCAAAGACUGAGGACGGAACGCAGCGCCUUGGGACGCUUGGUUUACAUGGGCUUGGCAGGGACUCUCUUGGUGCUCUGCAGACUCCUCACGUGCCUUGAUCUGAGGUAAAGCCUCACCUUGCUGUGAGUUACACAGCCCCAGGCAGUGCUGGCUUUCAGAGGUGUCAGUCAACCACUGUCUGUGCCUGCACUUGCCCUGGUCAGACUUUGGCUUUAUUUAUAUCCCUUAAUCCAUGGGAAUGAUCCUGCCAUGACCUACUGCCUUGCCUUGGUUAGCAGUGCCUGCCCGUUCUCACACGGGAGCAGAACAAGAGCUGCAGAGCUCACAAUCCCUCUUUGGGUGCUCCCAGGAGGUUUUUACCCCACAGGUGACUCUGGAGGGCUGUCCCUGUCCCUCCACACCUGCCUGGUCAGUGAUGGUCCAGCCCAGCCCUGCCUUCCUUGUGCCCACCUGCACAUGCAGCCUCACAGGGGCUGGUGAUGGUGAUGGUGGUACGAGUGUCCCUCAGCCUUGUGCUCCCUCCCUCCUGCUCUUACUGCUCUGUUUGCCCACACUCUGCAGACCCUGAAGUUGCCUCUGAGCUGAUGGGACCAAAGAGGUUUUGUAUUCCCUCAGCAGCUGUUCCCUUUAUGCUCUGACAGUGUCCCCAGUCAGUGGUGGCUGUGGUGGUGGCUCAGGGAUGAAUACCUGUGUUUGGCUGGGCUUGGAACCUGCUGCUGGUGCAGACACACCCCUCAGUGAGACUGUGGAAAUAAAGGAGUCUCAAGGCUCAUCCCAGCACUGUGUCAGCA